UUGUUAUGACUGCAAGGUCCUGUUUCAAUCACUGGCGUCAGACGGACGCACGGCACCAACUCAAACCUUUUCACCUUCUCCUGAACAACGUAAAUAUUGAUUGAAGAGCGAAGCAUUAACAAGCAACUUCUGGGGGUCGGCAUUUGCUCCACUUGGACUUGGAGAGUAUCUCUCGUCGUAUCACUUUGAGGGUCCGACGGAUUUUUUUCCCCCUUUUUUUCGCUUUUACCACGACUGGGAUAUGAAACUUUUCCUCUCUUAUUUUAGGUGACUCGUCAAAAAGACCCGCCUGUGACCUUCACGUCUUACAUUAUUGCUACUUUCGCCGGAUGCAAAGACAAUUUGAUACAAUUUCAGAGUGUUAAGCAACUUCGACUUUUUCCUCCUUUUCUUUGAAUGCGUUGCAAAUAUGAUGAUGUCACCGACGCCACUUUUUCCUGAAGUUAUGGCGGAGCACAACUUUUCUAACUUCUCUUGACCAUUGAGAGCACUUGGCUUUACUAAUGGAGCACCUCCAGGGAGCGUGGAAGACCCUGAGCAACGGCUUCGGAAUGAAGGACUCUGCGUUCGAGGGCCCGUGCCUUUCACCAACCAUGGUCCAGGGCUUUCACUGCCAGCGUCGCUCCUCAGAUGACAGCAAGAUGCCUGACUCCAAGACUAGCAGCACUAUCCGCGUCUACCUCCCAAACCAGCAACGCACUGUGGUAAAUGUUCGACCAGGUAUGACUCUGUACAGCUGCCUGAUUAAAGCCUUGAAGGUGAGAGGUCUGCAGCCUCAGUGCUGCGCUGUCUUCAGGCUGCAUCCAGGACAGAGGAGUAAAAAAUUACGGAUGGAUUGGAAUACUGACUCCACCUCACUGAUUGGCGAAGAGCUGCUGGUGGAGGUUUUAGAUCACGUUCCCUUGACAACGCAUAAUUUUGUUCGGAAGACAUAUCUGAAACUAGCAUUCUGUGAUAUUUGCCAGAAGUUCCUUUUGAAUGGUUUCCGUUGCCAAACUUGCGGCUACAAAUUCCAUGAGCAUUGUAGCACCAAAGUGCCCACGAUGUGUGUGGACUGGAGCAAUAUCAGACAACUCCUGUUGUGUCCAACACCUGGUGAGAGUGGUGCCCCGUCACUGCCCCCGCUGACAUCUCGGCGAAUGAGAGAAUCCCUAACACGGUUUCCAAGCUCAGCCCACCGAUAUUCCACCCCUCAUGCCUUCAACUACACCACGCCCUACCCACCCACAGUCGGCGGUCUCUCCCAGAGGCAACGCUCCACUUCCACACCCAACGUCCACAUGGUUAGCACUACCCUGCCUGUAGACUGCAGCAUGAUUGAGGAUGCGAUGCGUGAUCAUGACUCGGGGGGGAGUUCCCCUAACCAGAGCCCCACAGGCUGGUCACAGUCCAAAGCCCCUGCACCUGCCCAGCGAGAGAGGGCCCCGUCCUUCAACACUCAGGAGAAAAAUAAAAUAAGGCCUCGGGACAAGCGGGACUCUAGCUACUACUGGGAGAUCGAGGCCAGUGAGGUUUAUCUGAACUCCUGCAUCGGUUCAGGCUCCUUUGGAACUGUAUACAAAGGGAAAUGGCAUGGUGAUGUAGCAGUGAAGAUUUUAAAGGUGACUGACCCCACACCAGAGCAGUUCCAGGCGUUCAGAAAUGAAGUGGCUGUCCUGAGGAAGACACGACAUGUCAACAUCCUGUUGUUCAUGGGCUACAUGACGAAGGACAACCUGGCAAUUGUGACCCAGUGGUGUGACGGCAGCAGCCUAUACAAACAUAUUCAUGUCCUGGAGACAAACCUAAAGAUGAUCCAGCUCAUAGACAUUGCUAGGCAGACCGCUCAGGGCAUGGACUAUCUGCAUGCAAAGAACAUCAUUCAUCGUGACAUGAAGUCCAACAACAUCUUCUUGCAUGAAGGGCUAACAGUGAAAAUUGGGGACUUUGGUCUUGCUACGGUCAAGGCCAGGUGGAGUGGCUCACAUCAGGUGGAGCAGCCUUCUGGAUCCAUUCUCUGGAUGGCACCUGAGGUUAUUCGGAUGCAGGAUAACAAUCCUUACAGCUUCCAGUCUGAUGUCUAUUCCUAUGGAAUUGUUCUCUUUGAGCUCAUGACGGGAGAGCUCCCAUACUCCCAGAUAGCAAACAGAGAUCAGAUUAUCUUUAUGGUUGGAAGGUGCUAUUUGUCCCCUGACCUCAGUAAACUCUACAAGAACUGCCCCAAAGCCAUGAAAAGGUUGGUUGCAGACUGCAUCAAGAAGACCAAGGACGAGAGACCGCUCUUCCCACAGAUCUUGUCCUCCAUUGAGCUUCUCCAGCAUGCCCUCCCUAAGAUAAACCGCAGUGCCUCAGAACCGUCCCUGCACAGAGCCUCGCACACUGAGGAUAUCAAUGCCUGUACUCUGACCUCCACCAGACUGCCUGUGUUUUAGAGGCUCAGACAGCACUACCCCCCCCUUCCUCUCCUUACACUACACCUCCUCUUCAAAAUAUAUCCAAAAUAGUCCAAACGCUCAAUAUGCUCAAAUUCUCCACAUACAAAAACACAAUAUAGACCUACAGGUGCAGAUGCAAACAUAUUUAAACCCAUGCCAACUGAUAUAUUAUGUAAGGAAAAGAGGAGAGAGAGAAGUGCAUCUGAGAUUAAUUAUGGAAUGGAUGGAGAGAUGAUGCAUUGCAAUAGGAUGUAUACAUGAAGAGGGUGGCAUAAGAUACUCAUUGAGGUGGUGCCUUGCCUGUCACUGCGCGUAUUAAGAAGUAUGCAGAGGCUCCAUGGUGGCAAUGCAUUUGGUAAAUUUGUAAAUAUAUGCACGCACACCUACCUAAGACAACGAUAAAUGGACAUUGAAGGAAGCUCAAGAGAAAGACAUGUGUCUUUGUUAACUUGGGCUCUGUGAUGUGAAGCACAAACCCUUCUAUCUGGCCGCUCUGGUUUCUGAUGAAGAGGACCUUUUUAAAGCUUACCUGCCUUAAGAGGAAACAAAGCCUGGACUAUGAUCCCGCACAAUUUCACCUCCUCUUGAUAUCACAAACCAAGCAGUUGGAUGUAGUCCAUUUAGUUGCACAGUAGUAGUUGAUUUUUGCAUUGUCUUAAAUGAUAAUGGAGUAGAUAUGGGAAAUUGUCUUUUUGUUGUUGUUGUUGUCUUUAUUUUUUGGGUCAUGUUGGAGGAAGUAUUGCCUGUCAGACAGUGAGCAUGUGUGAUGAUGGAACUCCUUUGAAUUUGCACAUUCUAGCAAAAGCAAUGGUUAUGUUUCAACAGUCUACACAGCAGCUUCAUAGCGCUGAGUAAACUGAUAUGAGUAAACUGAUCUGACUCCCACACAUUCUUAUCAGUCCUUACAUGGGUUGGUUAUCAUGAGCUGGACAUUUGGCGGUUGUCUUAAAUAUUUAAAAUGAUUUGGAAACUAAUUUGUAUUUGUUAUGUCUCUUACUGGAGGUUAAACGUUUUAUUGUAAACUUGGUGAGAAAGUUGUCUAUUCAAUAUUUUAAUAAAAUUAAGUUAAAUUUCUUUGCCAAA